AUGAAGCUACUCACAGCUCAGAAGGAGCUUUUGGAGAUCAUAAAUGAAGUUGAUCUGGGAAUAUCCAAUGAGGACAAGUUUUGGAUCGCUCUACGAGAUUCGGCUGACGAAGACCACCUGGAAUACGGAGACGUCGUAGUUACCAAAACUAGCGAAGGCAUCCAAUUGAAAUGUGAUAAUUUCGAGAUAGUCAAAAGUGGCAAGCAUACUUUUACUGUGUCGCCUCCGGCAAGAAAAUGCACCCUCCCUAAACAAAGUCUCGACAUUCGCCUGGUGCUGGCAGUCGCCCUAAGCAAAUCUUCAGAGAAUCUCCUUGUGGGAACCGAAAGGGGCUCAUUGAUACGAUUCGACACAAAGAACAAGGCAGAGAUCAAACGAAUCAAAAGCGCUCAUUUUUCUGAUAUUAUCAUGCUUCGGGUUUUCCCAUCAGACAAGGUGAUUGCGUCAAUUGGGUUAGAUUUUCAGAUCAAGCUAUGGGACUUGGAACUUGGCAAUGAGCAACCUACUCGAGUCUUUAAGCAUCAGAAGAAGCGUAUUACCGACGUUGCUUUAAUUGGUGCUGGACGUAACUUUGUUCUGACGUCUGAGGACGGCUCUACCGUUCUAUGGGAGUGUGCGUCAGGGAAUGUCGUGUCGGAAUUUCUCCGAAUUGAUGAUCAUGAAGAUCCAGCACUUUGUGUCACCAUACUGUCUACCGAUAAGAAGCUAGCGUGCUCCGAUAUUGUUAAUGGCGAGCUACAGUUUGAGUGUGAGGAUAAAGUUAUGUACGUUGGCUACCGGUCAGGAGUGAUUCAAGAGUUUCAAAUCGCUAGCCAUAGCCAGACGAGUGUUAAACUCAAGAGAGACAAGGACGCGGCUGUGACAUCAUUGAUUGCAAAUGAACACGAUCUACUUGUGGCAGGCUACGAAGAUGGAACAGUAGUGAUGUGGGACAAACAUGCAGAGCAACCGAAGCAUGAAGUACAGUUCCACCCCUCCUUCCCGAUUAGCAACAUGACGUUGGCGGGAAGCGAGACACUCGUAUUUGACAAUGGUCCAGAAGGGCUCUUCACAAUGAACUUGACCACACGAGACGUGGGGCAGCUCAUUGGUCUUCUGGAGGCUUUUAGAGUGCACCUGAUCGCAGCUGUGGAAAACACGGUGGUGGUGGCUACAGAGGACGAAAUAGUACAAUACUGA